CAUAACGUGGCGUGAAGUGCGAUAGUCUCCUCAAAAGAUUACGCAGUACGAUUGAGUGGCAGAAGAAUUUCAUUGGUACUUCCGACGGAUUGAAGAUAAUCCUAAUCCCAGCUAUUCUAAUCCUCACUCACAAUGGUCCUCACUGCAUCUGCAAUGGUGGUACUCAUCGUUGCCUCCAGCACUUUAUGCGCACCAACGGCCGAAGAGUCCCUGGCAAGCACCAAAGAGUCCCUGGCAAGCACCAAAGAGUCCCUGGCAAGUACCAAAGAGUCCCUGGCAAGUACCAAAGAGUCCGCAAGCACCAACGAGUCCCUAGCAAGUACAGAACAGUCCCUGGCAAGUACAGGAGAGUCCCUGGCAAGUACAGGACAGUCCCUGGCAAGUACAGAACAGUCCGUUGUGGAUCUGAGUAAGAUUCGUACAAGCGGCCGUCCAAGAGAUUGCGCCGAUCUUUAUAUCUCUGGCCAGAACCACAGUGGUGUCUUCAACAUCUUUCCUUACGAAGGAUCAAAGCCGCCUAUUGCAACUUACUGCGAUAUGGAAUCAGACGGAGGUGGUUGGACGGUGUUUCAACGGCGCGGGCAGUUCGGAAAUCCAGUGUACGACUUCUAUCGAGGUUGGGAAGCCUACAAAAAUGGUUUCGGGGACCCAGCAAAAGAAUUCUGGCUAGGAAAUCAGUUGAUCCACAUCAUGACAUCUAAGAAGGCAACGUCACUCCGUAUCGUACUCACGAAUCGCACGGGAGAGACUUUCACAGCGGACUACGCUUCCUUCAAAAUUGCUGGUGAAAAUGAACAGUACAAGCUCAUAGUCAGCGGGUACAAGGGAGCAAGAGGUUAUGAUGCAUUCAGUCUAGCAAACGGAGCCGGCUUCAGCACGUUUGACAAGGACAACGACAAGAUGGUUAACUCCUCCUGCGCCGUUGCAUUCAGUGGAGCCUGGUGGUACAAGAACUGUCACGCGGCAAACCUCAAUGGUCUCAACCUCAACGGGGCCCACGCGAGCUACGCCGACGGCAUCGAAUGGUCAAUCAGAGGCGGCAGAGGAAACCUCUAUCAUUAUUCCUUCCCGCAGGUAGAAAUGAAAAUGAGAGAUGCAAGCUUUGCAACUUUGGCUGCUAGAACUGCAUACGCAUAAAAAAGAAAUCUCACUGAAUCGG